AUGAGUUGGACAGUAGAAGUUGAGUCUCCGGUAGCCGCUUCCCGGCUUUUCAAAGCGCUGCUCGAGUGGCACAACCUCGCGCCGAAGGCCACACCGGAGAUCAUCUCGAGUGCUCAAAUCAUCACUCUCAAUGAAACUGAAGGCGUUGGAAGUGUUAGGCAAUUCAACUUCACACCAGUGAUGCCAUUUGAGUAUAUUAAGGAGCGUCUUGAUUUUGUCGACUUGGAAAAACUCGAGUCUAAGCAAAGCCUUGUGGAAGGAGGUGAUUUAGGAAAGAAGCUUGAAUCGGCCACAACUGAGUACAAGUUCACUCCGUCGAGCACCGGAGGAUGUGCUGUUAAGAUGGUCAUGACAUACAAGCUUCUCCCUGGCGUCGAAGUUACCGAUGAGGAAGUGAAAGCAAAGGGGGCUCUCACUGCAUUUGUCAAGGCUGCAGAGGCUUAUCUCCUUGCAAACCCUGAUGCCUGUGCAUGAACAUGAGUUAUAUAAUUAGUGUCUGUGAUCUAUGGAAUAAGAUUCCUGU